CUCAAAUUCAUUUCACAAAUUAAUUCACACUUUCAUAAACCAUGAAGAUUUACAAAACAUUCACAUCUCUUUUUUUCAUCAUCAACAUUUUCCCAAUAUCAAUAACAUCUUUCCCACAUUUUUUCCCAAAUAUAUCAUCCAUACCACCUUCCUUUUUACCCAACAAAACCAAUCCCUGGGAUAGUUUCAACAAACUAUCCGGGUGUCACCCGGGACAGACUGUCCCGGGAAUUGACAAAGUAAAAAAUUACUUUCGUUACUUCGGUUAUAUUCAGAAUAUAACCGAUUAUAAUUUCACUACUAAUGACUUCGAUACAACACUAGAAUCCGCAGUUAAAAAAUACCAACAAAAUUUUAAUCUAAACACAACAGGUCAACUUGAUGAAUCAACUGUUAAACAAAUGCUGAAGCCAAGAUGUGGAGUUGCAGAUAUUGUAAAUGGAUCUACUACUAUGAAUUCGGGUAAAUCGGCUUCUUUGAUUAACGGAACAGUAGCUCAUUACUCGUUCUUUCCUGGGAUGCCAAGAUGGUCUUCUAGAAGACGUGACUUGACUUAUGCAUUUGACCCAAGAAACCAACUUUCUGAUGAUGUAAAGCGCGUUUUUGCUAGCGCUUUUACGCGAUGGUCCGAAUGGACCCCGUUGACAUUUACGGAGACUAAUACCUACAAAGAUGCCGAUCUUAAGAUUGGGUUUUAUGCUGGUGAUCAUGGCGAUGGUGAAGAGUUCGACGGCCUUUUAGGAACUUUAGCACAUGCGUUUGCGCCACCAGCAGGAUCGUUACAUCUAGACAGUGACGAGACAUGGAUCAUCGGGGACAUACUAUCCUCUGGCUCGCCGUCCGCGAUGGACCUAGAGUCGGUAGCGGUGCACGAAAUCGGGCAUUUGUUAGGCCUAGGACACUCAUCUGUGGAAGAAGCAAUCAUGUUUCCAACAAUAUCAACAGGAGUAAGGAAAGUAGAACUUGCACAAGAUGAUGUUGAAGGCAUUCAAGUCUUGUACGGUUCAAACCCAGAUAACAAUAAUAGUACAACUGGGCCAACUUUUACAUUGGGUGAUAGAGAUACUAGCGGAGCCCAUCAAAGAGUGUCGGUAUUGGGCCAAAUCAUAUUUUUGGCCUUUGGAUUAUUAUUAUCCUCAUUUGUUUUGUAGAUAGAUAGUUGAUUUUAAAUUUUAUGUUUUUAUGAUUCCCAAUAAUUAUUUUCUAUUAUUGAGGAGGGGUGUAGCUGUAUUUUUAUAUAUAUUAUUUUUUGUUUCAUGUAUAGUGUAAAUAAAAGAAAUAUUAUAAUAUACAAGUAAUACUCAUUGUUUUAUUGAUUUCA